AUGGCGGACCUCAUGGAAGACGACCUAUCCUCGGGACUCCAGUCUUCGGAAGAGGAAGAGGAGGUCGACAUGCCAGUGGAGUCUCUAGUUUCAGGUCGUGCAAAGCGAAGCACUGCCGGUCGGCACAUGUCCGCCCUGAUCGAUGCGGCCGCAGACGACGAUCUUACACUGUUAUUCGAGGAAGUGGAGGAUGAUAACGAGUUUGCUAUUGAUGCCGGAGCUGCCGAGGAGGAGGAUAUGGGGCUCGAUUCUUCCUCUGAGGAUGAGGACGACCAAGGCCCCGAUGCACAGAACGACUACGAAGGCGAGAAACAAUUACAGAAGGAGGAGCGCAAAAAACGCCGAGCUCAAAAUGACCUUCGAUUCCAGACACUUCGCAAGCGAGUCAAGAUCGAUCCUACCGCCGUAUCAUCCAUGCCUGCUCCCCCGCCCCGCGCGAAGAAGAAGUCGGAGCGCAUCUCGUGGCUGCCCACGGUGGAAGAUGGACCGACUCGAUCCUCCUCGCGUCGACAGACGAUGGUGAAUAAGGAACUCACGCAUGCGCGUUUGAAGGAUAGCCAGGAGAAGCGUAUCAGGAUUAUUGCUACGAUGAAGGAGGCUGAGAAGCGGAAAGCCCAUCUCAAGCCAAAGGAGAUGACUCAAGAGGAUCAUCUUGCUGAAGCUGCUAGGGUGGAACGAACCAACAGCAAGAGUCUGAACCGAUGGGAGCUUUCGGAGAGGAAAAAGGCAGAAGAGCGGAAAGCCAAGAUUGAGGCAUUACAGAAUCGUCGACUUGAGGGUCCUGUUCUUUCCUACUGGAGUGGGGUGGCUACGUGGGUGGAUGGAAAGCUCACGAAGGUGGGUAAAGUUGAGAUUAAGGCGAAAACCGAGAAAGAAGAGCCUCGCAAGAAGAAAAAGGACAAGGAUGAGAAGACUGCUACGGAGUCACAGGAUGCGCAGAGCGCUACGCCUGCUCCAGUGCCGCAAGCGAAUACUGCGGCUCCUGGAGAUGCUUCCACUUCUAUUCCAACUGCAGUACCUGGCGAGCCUGGAGCUCUCCCAGCAUCUGAAGCAAAACCUCAAUCACAGACGCCGGUUGCCACGAUUUCUGCGCCCGAUAUUGUCGCGGCUCCGACGUCAACACAAGAACCACCCAGCAAGCCCAGCGAAAACCCCUCCGAGCCACCAGUAACCGCUUCACAACCCGUUGAGAAGGAUGGAAACAAGGACCCUGAACAACAGCCGGCUGCCGAGUCCAUCGAUUCAAAGAAAGAGGAGGCCAAGACUGGGGAGCCAGAAACACAAGCCGAUCCCUCCAAGGUCUCUGAGAAACAAACUGAGCCAGGCGAGACUAUCACAGGUCACCAAUCUACUUCCCCGGCCGAGCAAGACACUUCAGACAAACCUGCAGAGACGUCCUCAACGGAGAAGUCAGAAGAGAAAUCAGAAGAAAACCCAGACGUGAUGGACAUUGAUUCCGGGUCGGGGACUGAACCCAUCAAGGGUGAUGGACCACAACCACCGAUCGAGCGAGAAUCUCCCGCAGCUGCCGCGCUCAACGGUAUCGGCACCAGCACAGAUGCACAACCAACAUCUGGAGAGGUCUCUCAGGCCACCUUGGCAUCAAGCACUACAGAGCCCGUGACAGAACACGUUACACCUGCGGCCGCCGCAUCCGCACCCGCACCUACGCCUGCAGACCCUCAAGCCCCUCAAGCUCAAGCUCAAGCCCCUCCAAGCAAUGCAGCUCCCCUGCAAGCCACGCCACCCAAUAUACCCGAGACCCUAAAUCAAGGCGUCGACCAACCCCAGCAGACACAGCAGGGACCGCAAGGCGACCUACUUCUUCAGCAACCAACCCAAUCACAAGAUUCGAUAUCAACGCCAGUACAACCAGAGAUGCCCCGGCCACCGCCAGUUAUCGAGCAUACAGGGCGGAACUUGACGAUAUUGGAGAACUUCGACGAUCGCACCGCGCACAGCAAAAAGUUCAGCAUGUACUUCAAUGCGAAGAAACCACCGCGGUUGACCAAAAUCUCCUCCUCCCUCUGCGUGAUCACAUCCCUACCCUCCCGCUACCGCGAUCCAGAAACUUCCCUCCCGUAUGCAAACUCCUACGCCUACGGGCAGAUCCGCCGGAUGCUCUCGCAGGGAUACAUAUGGAGUUCGAUGCUGGGCUGUUUCGUCGGACCCGGUGGGACUGCGGCGCGUGGUGUGCCGGAUCGGUUCCUCGGCAUUGAAACUAAGGCAGGCGAAGAUGCUGAGAAGGAGAAGAAAGAGGAGAAAAAGCCGGAUGGUGGAUCAGCUGGUGCUUCGAAGGCUGAUCCGAUGGAGAUUGAUGCAAAGUGA